AUGUCCUUGAACAAGAAAAUGGCCGGAGUUAAACUCUCCGGCGAUAGCCGGAAAACGGUCCCGGGAAAGUCAACUAUAUUUGAAAUGACUGUGGAACCCGGAAGAAAAGUUUAUCGAUUUGACGUUGAGAUCACUUUAAUCAAACCAAAAACUGAGAAAGUUUUGACCAAACAAGUUGAUCCGUAAGUUGUUUGAUCCUCAUUUUGUUUUAUAAUCUCGACUUUGUUUAUUUUUUGCUUGUUUUCAGAGGACUAAGGAUCUUGCAGCGCACAGCUUGCGUUGAUUGCAUCGAACACCUCCAUCGACAGAACAAGAUCCCCAAAUACGCUUAUGAUGGCAAGAGAACUUUAUUCACACUCUCGGAUAUGAAACAGUUUGUAAGUUUGUUGGUGUAUUUUCGUUGUUGAGUCGAUGUAUUUCAUUGUGAAUUUUUAUCUGAAACUUUAAUUUCAGACCAUCGAUAUUGACUCCAAGCAGUUGCCAGCGGGGACAAAAGAUUAUGCCAGAGGAAACGUCCUCAGAGUAGAUGUGACCUCCAACGCGAAGGUGCCAGUAUUUGACUUCACGAAUUUGGAAACCGCUUUAGUGGACAAUAUCCGAGAACAGGCCGAUCACUCUCCAAGACAAUUCCUCGAAAUCUUGACAAGUCAGUACCUCGUCAAUACGUAAGUUUUUGGUUGUUGAGGUAGCCAUAAUUCGGAUUCGUUUGUUAAUUUUUCUAUUUCAGUGGAGACUAUCAGAUCAUUGCAUCAGGCACUCUGUUCAACAAGCAGUGCCUUCCCAUGGUCCCUGGAAUGGAGAUUAGAGUUGGAUUGUCCAAGGGAAUCAGGGUCUCUGAGUAUAACGGAAAGAUCAGGCCGUUGUUGGUUGCCGACAGUGAGUAAUCUUGGCGAUUUUAAUUCUUUUUUGAAUUUUAGUGAGAAGGACAGCUUUCUAUACCUCGACCAAACCAUUGAGUGUCAUUUUCCAAGAAUUUGGUCAAGUGAGAGUGGCUUUUGAGAGGCACUUCCGGGGGGUUCGCUGUUAUGGAACCCAUAGAAAAGGAUUCACAUUUGCGGUCCGUGGUCUCACGAAAGAUCCUGUGGGACAUCCCUCAUGUAACGCUGCUGACAAAACCUUGGCCAAAUACUAUAAAGACACUUACAAUGUCGUCAUCGACACUCGCCUCCCGGGGGUUGUGGCCGACAUCCCUGGAAAAACUUGUAUCAUUCCGUUGGAAGUCGCUAAGCCAUUGGAAGGUCAGUUGGUCCCAGCUGAGAAGAUUAAUGAACAAGCUGUCCGAAAAUUAGUUAUGGUGAGCUUAGGUUUUGGUGUUACACUUGGUAAUUUGAAUUGAGGAUAUUUUUUUUUUCAUUUCAGGAGAACUCAAUCCAACCUCAAGAUCGCUAUAACUUUGUGACGCGGAAAAUCGGAGAGAUUUGCGAUGGAAAGGGAGCCCAGUUCUUGAAGGAAUUUGGUGUCACCGUUUCGGCGAACAGUAAUGAUGUCGCUAUACUCCAAUCCAAAGUCUGCGACGUUGAAGCGGCUGGCAAAAAGAUCAUCAGACCCAUGCCAAAUGGAGCCUUUAUGAAAGAGGCUGUCGACAUGCGCUUUUUCAAUCCAGCCAACCUGUUGAAGAAAUGGUGGGUCGUCGUCGACCAAAGAACUGUCGACCAGAGACAAGUUCAGUAAGUUUUUCAUCGCUUUGGCUACGUCUCAUUUUUAGGCAAUAUAUUCCGAAGUUGUUGGGGUAUGCCAACAAGGCCGGACUUGCCUUGCCACCUCCGCUUCAAACCCUCGCGAUCAACUUGGACGAUCUCCAAAGGGUGUUCCAAAAGGCCCGUGAUGAUAAGAUCCAAUACAUCUUCUAUAUUGACGAUGGAAGAGCCAGGUCUCAUCACGCCUUGAAAUUGUUUGAAGCCUAUUACAAAGUUUUGACUCAGCAGGUCAUCACGAAGAAUCUCGCGGACAAACCACAAACAUUGAAGAAUGUGGUUAUGAAGAUUAAUGCAAAGGCGUUUGGAAUUAAUUAUAUGCCUGUAUUCCCCAAGUCGCUUGAAGAAUUUGAUAUCAGAAACAAAAAUGAUCUCCUAAUUAUUGGAUAUGAUGUGGCCCAUCCGCCACCGGCUCAGCCAGCUGAUAAGAGGAAGAUGCAGGACAAGGAAGGUGAUCCGUUCGCGGCCAAUGAAGCUCGCGGAAGAUUGAGAUCUCUGCAACCAUCAGUGGUGGGGAUCUGCGCAAACAUGUCCAAAAAUCCAAUGAUAUUUGGCGGAGAUUUCUUUUAUCAGGUAAAGAGAUGUUUUUUUUGUGCUAGGACCCUAAAUUAUAUUUGUUUUGCGUUUAAAAUAAAUUUGAUUAUGAUCUUGGAAAGAGAUUGAAUUGUACAUGAUUUCAGGAAUCUCGACGGGAAAAUGUGGAGCCCGAGAAACUCCGGAAAGCUGUCAAGCAGCUCUGCGAGAGAGCCAAGGCUGCUGGACGUCCAAUAAAACGAGUCUUGGUCAUCAGAGAUGGAAUCAGCGAAGGACAAUUCCAAUACGCGGUUUCACAAGAAUUGCCGGCUAUCAAGAGUGGUUUCAAGGACGUCUUUGUUGGACCUGAAGCGUCUGCCAAGUUCUCCUUUGUGGUCGCCACGAAACAACACAAUAAGAGAUUCUAUGAAGUUGUCGCAGGAAAGAUCGAGAAUACUAGGCCCGGAGAUGUGGUCGAUAGAAAGGUCACUCGAAGUGACAUCACUGAGUUUUAUCUCCAAUCACAUAAUCCGUUGAAGGUGCGUGGGAUUUUUUGUCAUUGCAGUGGUAAUAAGAGGGGUUUUUUGUUAUAAAUGAGAUGAGAGGAUUAUUUUUUUUUGUUUCAGGGUGUGCCAAAGAUGACCCAAUACUCGGAAAUCGCCAAUGAGCUCAAUAUCGAGCCAGAAAAACUUCAGGCUUUGAUGCAAGUUCUCAGUACCAUGCAUCAAGUGUGCGCAUGUCCAACUUCCCUGCCACUACCUGUUUAUAUGGCCGAUGAACUCGCCAAGCGAGGAUCGGAUAUCUUCAAGGCUUUUAUGUAAGUUUGAUUGGAUAUUAGAUUGAUUUUGUGAAGAGAAUCAAAUAUUCGCGGUGAAAUUAAUUUUUUCGAUUUUAGAAACCUCCCUCCAAACAAUGAGGUCAGAAAGAACGUCCGAAGCAAUAAUGGAUUAGAGGACUUCAACGAAUUGACAGAUGUUGUGUCGUACAGCAAACAUCCCCUCGGAGGAACCCGCUUUAACGCAUAG